CGGGGCUGCGGACCCGGGUCCGCCAUGGCCUCGGCCGCGGGGGGGGUCGCGGCCCGCGCCGCCGAGGAACCGCCGCCAUCCGAGCCGCCCACCGAGCCAAAACCGCCGCCGCCGCAGCCGCCACCCGCGCAGGAGUUCUCCUUCCUGCCCCUCGUCCACGACAUCAUCAAAUGCAUGGACAAGGACAGCCAGGAUGUUCACCAGGUGCUGAAUGAGCUCAAGAACAAGUUCCAGGAGAUGAGGAAGCUGAUCAGCUCCAUGCCUGGCAUCAGCGUGAGCCCAGAGCAGCAGCAACAGCAGCUGCAGAGCCUGCGGGAGCAGGUCCGGACCAAAAACGAACUGCUGCAGAAGUACAAGAGCCUUUGCAUGUUUGAAAUCCCCAAGGAGUAGGAAGGGUGCAGCUCUGCUGUUGUGUCUGAGAUACUGAGAUACCUCUAUCCUGGCUGAACAGGAGAAAUAAAGGUGGCAGAAGUUUA